CAUGGUAAAAGCGCUGCUCAGUAUAUCAAGAGCACAAAUAGUAAGAAUACAAAUUCGUCUAUUAUUGCCAUGAGCGCCUGCAGUGGUGUGGAUGCCAACAACCUCAGUAACAUAUUUGCCGCUUCCCUCACCAAGCCUCUUCAGCGCACAGAUUUGUUGGCUGUAAUGCAGAAGCUAGGAUUCAAGAUGUCCACCGUGCGAGGUGUUUCUCUUGCGGCCAAAAUCACUUCUGCUCCUGCCUCGUGA